AUGAAUGGAAACAUCCCCUCACGGCUGUAUCAGUCAGCCUCCAUUGACAUAGGAGAGUUGAAGCAAAUAUGCUCUCGUACAAUCGACACAUCUACCUACCCCCUCGCCUGUAAAGUGGAGCGAAACAUACCAAUCUACGACCUGGCUGCUCUUGGGCAAACAGUCACAGCGAAGCUUCUAUUUCGAUUGCAGGAUGAGUGGCAUCACAUCUUGCACACAGGACCAGGCGUCUUCGUGCUGCGCGACAUGUACGCUCCAGCCCGCUAUGGCCCAACGUUAUCAGCCACCAACGAAGCCUUCGACCGAAUCAUUUCCAAGGAGAAGCAAUCGAACACUACAAAAGGCGACCACUUUGCGUCGGGUGGCACGAACGAUCGCAUCUGGAACUCUUUUGCCAAACAUUGCCUCGAAGACCCGGCCUCCUUCAUAGACUACUACUCAAAUCCAUGGCUGGCCUCUGUAUGCAAUGCAUGGCUCGGUCCAGCCUACCGAGUCACGGCCCAGGUCAACGCCGUUCACCCUGGUGGCGCGGCGCAGGAAUCCCACCGAGACUACCAUCUCGGCUUCCAGGACGUAGACACCACAGCGCAAUACCCUGCCCCCACACAGCUGAUGUCGCAAUUUCUCACGCUGCAGGGGGCCGUCGCACACACCGACAUGCCGGUUUCUAGUGGUCCGACGCGCUUCCUCCCCUUCAGCCAAACCUAUACACCUGGCUACCUUGCAUAUAGACGAUCAGAGUUCCGCUCUUUCUUCCAGGCGAACUACGUGACCAUACCGCUAGCACUAGGCGAUGGCGUCUUCUUCAACCCGGCUCUUUUCCAUGCGGCCGGGGCCAACCUUACAGAUCCCACGCACGGGGGAUUCCGCCGCGUCGCAAACCUGUUGCAGGUGAGUAGUGCAUUUGGGAAACCGAUGGAGAUGAUCGACUCGUUACCGCUUAUCGAUAAAUGCUGGGAGAUGUUGGUGCGCCGGUACCGAGAUGCUGGGAAUCGACUGGCCAAUGUCGAUCUUGAUCCGGAUGUAUUUUCACUUUCCGAACGAGAGAUCCGCGCGUUCAUUCACGCUUUAGCGGAAGGCUAUCCAUUCCCCACAAACCUUGACCUUCGUCCUCCGGCCCCCGGUGGCAUGGCCCCUGAGAGUGAACAGUCCAUUCUUUUACGGGCAUUAGAAGCGGGAUGGACUCGGGCAGAAGUCAUGGAUGAAUUUGAGCGUCUAGGCCAUCGGUCUUACUCUACACUUUAA